CCUUACCGUGCCCCCGCUCCAGCCCCGCCCGCGCCGUCUUCCUCCCUGCAAUCCCGCCACCGCCCGCGCGUCGUCCUUUCCCUUCAAUCUCGCCCUCGCCCGCGCCGUCCCUUCCCUGCAUCCCGUCCCCGUCCGUGAGCCCCCUCCACACGCUCCCGUCCGCGACCCCAGAUCCCGUGACUGCCGCCGUGUCUUCGCCCCUAGCUCCAUCAUCCCGUCGUGUCCCGCCGUGCCAUCCUCCGCUCCGCGACCACCGCCUCUGCUCCCCUCGUGCCCAGCGCCGCGUCCGCGAACCAGCACCCCUCACUCUCUCUCCCGCCCGGCUCUCCUCGCCCAACUCUCUCUCCCGCAAUCCCACGGCCUCGCCCCAAAUCGCCGCCCCGGCUCUCGGUCCUCGCCCAAGCUCUCCAUGGAAGGAGAUCGAGGAAUCCGCGUCCGCUGCGCCCGGCUCUCUCUGCGUCCGUAGUCUCCCUGGAAGGCGAUUCCUCGAUCCGCGUCUGCUCGCUUCGGCUCCUCCGUUCCCAAACCUCCUCAACCAGCAUCUCUAGGGUUUUCGCAGCCACCGCCCAUGGCUGCCACUCCGGACCGCGUCAAUGCCGACCUUCAUCGUCGCCUCGCCGUCGACACUCCACCGCCGCCCCAGGGAGGAAUCGUCCAGGCACUAAGCACAAGGAACAGAUGGAAUGGGUACUCCAUGGAUUACCAAGGAAAAAACAAGCUGGUUUUUAGCCUAACUGAUCCGAAAUCAUGCACAGCACAAGGUAGAGACUGUACGAUAGUUGAUUGCACCAGAAAAAUAGUAGCCCAGAUGGGUAAGAAAGAGCUGAUGGGAGGCAAGGACUUCUACCAUGUGGAAGUACAGUCAGGAUAUGACCAAGCUUUCAUCAUUGGGGUGAUGGCAAUUCUUGACAGCAUACAUGGAGAAAGACAUGGGACAAAUAGAAGACAUCUAAAGCUUUCCAAGGCAGAUGCCUCCAGAGGAUAUCUACUCUCUGGUCAUAUGAUCGAUGCAUAGAUCACUUCAGACAAUCAAAUAACAGUAGUAUACAUAGAAAUGCAACAUGUAAGUAUUUCCUUUAUAUGUCUAACAGUAGUUUACAAAUAUAUUCCACAUAUAACCAUAUUAGCUUAAUUGAUCUAUGUAUAAAUUAUGAUUAUUAGAAUAAAUUUUAAUUCCAAAUAUCCAAACAUGGCCUAAAUAAAUACUGAAUUGGACAUUGUAUUUAAAUAGACAACAUGGAACAAGAGCAUAUCACCAGACACACACUAGAACUCAUAAAACAGGGAUACUAUGCUAUUAGUCUCUCUUAAAUGCAGUACAUGGAAGCAAGGUUUAUGAUCAGAUUUUUGUAUACCAGAGAACACUCAAGUCUCCCAACUGCCCGCCUGCCGAGGUGAGCUCCGAAUGCCUGCCCUCCACCUCUGAUCUGUGUUGCGGCUUCGCUCCUGUGUGGAGCAAGUUAAAUUUUUUUAACAUGCCUCAACAUAGAUGUCGUCCAAUUACGACUGAAGCAAAAAAAAUAUUGCAAGGCUAAACACUCAGGUCAAUUGCUAUGUCUGGGUAAUUAGUUUUUUGUUUAAGUUUCAUUUAGUCUGUAUGUUUGAUUUUUCCCCUUGCCUACAGACCAGCCUAGGUAUUCAUCACUUGUGAAAAAAAAGAAUAUCAGUGUUGAUGGUAAAAAAGUAUGGAUGCUUAAAAGUCUUGCUCAUUUCUUGGUAGGUUGGAUGUGGCUCCACCAGCUCUGCCUCCCUACUUCCUCUACUGCUGCGGCUACUGCUACAUCAUCUAUCGUGCCUGUUUUUCUAGGAAUCUUAAUGGCAUCAGGCUGACAUUUUGUUCAACUCAUUAGCUGGUUACAGUAACAAGGAACCACCAUUUUGAUGCAAAGGAGCAGAUGCGACAGGAUCACAAGUAGGAGGAGCUGCGACGAUGCUGUAGCGAGAGACAUGGGUGCCGAGGUCGUUGUGCUGCGGUGGUGGCAGGACAGGAAGGAAACGAAAAAGCAGGAGCCAGGGUUGUUCAACAACGUGACCGAGUCGCUGAGGCGAGGAAGAGUAAGGUGAAGGCACUCGUCGACGCCUUUGAGACUGACAGAGCGUCAUCUCGCUGCAGGAAACCAGCAAGCCUGCUGCUGCUCCAGCUAUGAAAGUAGGUGUCGUGCCAUGAGUGCUUCUUGACCUGCAGUGUGCAUGAUCACCUUUCUUGGAAUUUUAAACUUUUUUUGGUUGUUAGUGACCGUAAAAGUGGCGCUUGUUGAGGUUUGCUCGUUCCCAUGUAAACUGACUUUUCUCAUGGGAGUUUUCAUACUUUUGUAGUGCUAGAAAAAGGAAAGUCUGUACAGGUUUUGUGUCUAUGCAAGGCUUGAGAAGUUGGCAUUGUACUGAUAAGUGAUAAGUAAACAAGUUAUUGUAAUGAUUUAAACUAGAUUGUUUUGAAAGGAAAUGGAAUGCAUAAAGCAAAUUAAACUUUGUAUUA